UUCAUCCUCGACUACAGUACAGCGGCUCUGUGACAACUUUAAAACUAUACUUUAUAAAUGGAAGUUCGGCACAGAACCCCUGUGGUACACUGAUUAUUAUUGACUUUUAACGGAGGUCUAAACACCAGACUCGGGGUUUGAAAAAGUGAUCCGAGCACCUUUGUUGCCGCAGGAGUAUUAUGGUCGCUGGAGGACUCGAAUAACGGCAGAGUGAACCAGCAACGCACGCACACGCACGCACACACACACACACACACACACUCGGUGAGGAGGCCAUGUGGUGGUUCCAGCAGGGUCUGUGCUUCCUGCCCGCCGCUCUGGUCGUCUGGACGGCGGCAUCCUUCGUCUUUGCUUAUAUCACAGCGGUGGUUCUGAAACAUGUGGAUCCUCUGGUGCCGUACAUCAGUGACACAGGGACGAUGGCACCAGAGCGGUGUGUGUUUGGCAUCAUGCUGGAUGUGUCAGCCUUUUUAGGUAUUGCGACAGUGUACGUGCGUUACAAACAGGUGGAGGUUCUGACAGGUGAUGACCAGCUCAGACUCCACAGACUGAAUAUCUCGGGGCUGGUGUUGGGCUGCAUCAGCUCCUUAGGGAUGUGUGUGGUCGCCAACUUCCAGAAGACCACACUGUUCUCCAUGCACCUGGUGGGGGCGGUGCUGACCUUCGGGGUCGGGGCUCUCUACAUCCUGAUUCAGACGCUUAUCUCACUCAACAUGCAACCUCACAUUCACGGCAAGACCAUCUACCUGGUCCGCCUCAGCAUCGGAGUCUGGACUCUGAUCAGCAUCAUCAGCAUGUUCGUAUCAUCAGUCAUCAUGUACAGCAGUCUGCCCGGAGUGGAUGUACCUAACAAACUGCACUGGACUCCUGGAGAGACGGGUUAUGCUGCUCACAUCGUUAGCACUGUGUCUGAAUGGUCUCUGGCAUUUUCCUUCAUCAGCUUCUUCCUCACCUACAUCAGAGAUUUUCAGAAAAUUAACUUGCGAGCAGAGGUAGAGUUGCAGAGCAGUCACCUGUACGACGGGCCACACCCGGGCAUCGCUGCUUCACACCAAAACAAAGCCUCCGAGACGUCUCCACUGCUGGGUGGAGGAACGUGACCAACGGCAGAGCAUCCUACAGGAACUACAUCUACACCAGUUUUAACUUUUUCUAAUCAUGUUUAAAGGCCUUUUUAUAGAGAGCUUCUAAAAGCUGUGGUGGCUGUUAAAGGGUCAGUUCAUCCAAACAUAUCCUCUGUUUUUCCUCUAGUGGUAUCUAUCAAGACAGACAGUUUUAUAUUUGUGUCCAGGUUUGAGUUUUCUGCUUCAGCCUCAAUACAACAGAGAUGAAUGGAGUUUAGUUUGAAUUCCAAUUAAACUCCGUUGUAUUUGGGUGCAGAUAUCUACAAAAUAUACGAUUAUGCCACUAGAGCAAAGAGAGUUUUUUUUUUUUAGUUGAGUUUUGUAUUUCGGAUAAAUUGACCCUGUAAAUCCAAAUGUGAUGCUUUUGCACUAUUCUCUCAAACUGUAUCAGUCCUUCUCAGUGAGUUUGUCCAUUGCUGCACUUUAUAUUGUUAUAUUUUAAAGAGCUUUUACCUUCUAUUAUAAAUAACACCAAUUUUUUCUUC